CUUUGCAAGUUGCUCAACUUCCACUCCUUAUAUUCUCCAGUCGCUGGCUCAGUUUUGCAUUCCGAGAGGAGAGACCCAGCACGGCACAAUUUAACUGAAGAAAGCAAAGGAAAAGCAACAGGAAUGUCUUCCAGCAGAAAAAUGGUCACUACAGUUAUUUUGACUGUCUUUGCUCUGGGGUUUGUUUCUGGACAAAAUAAAUACAACUCAAAUAAAGAUCAGCUGUUGGGCGGCUGGAGGGAUGCAAAGGAGGAUGAUAAGUCGGUGCUGGAGGCUUUGCAGUUUGCAACUGCUGAAUACAACAGAGGGAAUAAUGGCGACUACAUAACUAAGGUCCAUAGGAUUAUCAGAUUUAGGAAGCAGGUGGUGGCUGGAAUGAAGUAUGCAAUGGAUGUUGAAGUCAUUACGACACCAUGCAGUGAUUUUGAAUCAACAUCAGAAAAUUGUCCAACUCAGAAAAAGAGAUGCAGCUUCCAAGUUCUGAGUGUUCCCUGGAUGCACUCUACUAAGUUGACAAACAAAAGCUGCCGGAACUAAUUCCCCCCCCCCAUCUGUGAUGGUUUCUUCUACUGAUAAGGCUGUGUUAAUCAACGUUUAAAGCAUCUCUAUGUCUUAUUUUAUAUUAUCUUUCUUUAUGAAAAAUAGAGCAUUUAAUAAAGUGUUGCUUUGAUGGUUUGUGAAAGUACAGUAGUGUAAAAUGUCUUAAUGACUUUAUUUGAUUCUAAUUUGUAAUUGGUUAUGUUGGGUGUGAACCAGUUAUAGGCAUUUAAUAGCUUACAUAUUAAUGACAGAAAGAAGAAAUAUAGAAAAUGUAUCACUUGCAUAGAAUAAAAUAUAGUAUGGCCAUGUACUGCAUAUAUCUAAUAAAGCGUCUUUCUGAACAACCUUA